CUGGCCGAGCAGCUCUCGGUCAGUCCCUCCCCAGUGCGCACCGCCAGUCCCUCCCCCUUUCCUCGCCGUGCCGGGGUGUCAGCAUGGCGGCGGUGGAGACCAGAGAGUGUGAGACGCAAGGCUGCGGCAGCGAGGCCAAGCUGCAGUGUCCGACGUGCAUCAAGCUGGGUAUCCAGGGCUCGUACUUCUGCUCCCAGGAGUGCUUCAAGGGAAGCUGGGCCACCCACAAGCUGCUGCACAAAAAAGCAAAGGAAGACAAGACCAAAGAUGUCAAGAAGAAAGUCGAGAACGAUAUUGACACAGACCCCUGGCCAGGUUACCGUUAUACCGGAAAGCUGCGGCCACACUACCCCUUGACCCCAAUGAGGCCUGUGCCGGAGAAUAUCCAGAGGCCAGAUUACUCUGAUCACCCACUAGGAAUGUCUGAGGUGGAGCAGUCUUUGAAGGGGACCUCUCAGAUAAGAAUUCUGUCUCCUGAAGACAUUGAAGGGAUGAGAAUCGUGUGUAAACUGGCCCGAGAAGUGCUCGAUGUCGCCGCCCUGAUGGUGAAGCCGGGCGUGACGACGGAGGAGAUUGACCAUGCUGUGCAUUUGGCCUGCACUGCCCGGAAUUGCUACCCUUCCCCUCUCAAUUACUACAAUUUCCCCAAGUCUUGCUGCACGUCUGUCAAUGAAGUCAUCUGCCAUGGGAUCCCGGACAGGAGGCCCCUCCAGGAGGGAGACAUCCUCAACGUGGACAUCACCGUUUACCGCAACGGUUACCACGGUGACCUCAACGAAACUUUCUACGUCGGGGAAGUUGACGAGGGGGCCAGGAAGCUAGUUCAGACCACUUUCGAAUGCCUUAUGCAAGCCAUCGACGCGGUGAAACCAGGUGUCCGUUACAGGGAGCUGGGCAACAUCAUCCAGAAGCACGCCCAGGCCAACGGCUUCUCGGUAGUGCGGAGCUACUGUGGCCAUGGCAUCCACAAGCUUUUCCACACCGCUCCCAAUGUGCCACACUAUGCCAAAAACAAAGCAGUGGGAGUGAUGAAGCCAGGCCAUGUUUUUACCAUCGAGCCAAUGAUAUGUGAAGGCGGCUGGCAGGAUGAGACAUGGCCUGACAGCUGGACGGCCGUGACGCGGGACGGCCGGCGCUCGGCACAGUUCGAGCACACCCUGCUGGUGACGGAGACCGGCUGCGAGAUCCUGACGCGGAGGCUUGACGACAAUGGACGGCCCCAUUUCAUGAGCCAGAUAUAGAGCGAAGCUGCCCCCACACCACACACACACACACACACACUAGUGAGGGAGCCAAGUUUGUCUAAUCAUCAACCCCUUGAUCAUCCCUCAUUUUCCCAUGAUAUUUUUUUUUCCUGGCUUGUUUUUACCCUAUGGAAACAUCUGGAAUUGGGUUAAUUGAGACAAGCUGCAGAAGGCGCACUCUUAAAAUGCCGGAGCUUGUGAAAUACGAUGAAGGGUCAUUUUGGUGGCCUCCCUGCCACUAGGGGGUGCCAGUCAUGGGUGUCACGUACUCUGUGGAUAUAUACUGAUAUUUCCCUUCCCUGUCUGUGUUAUAGAAGUAUCAGCUGGAGCUGCAACAGUCAGGGCUGUCUGUUAUACUUCAGAUAAAUUCACUGUAAAAAUGUAGAUCCUCUCCUGUUUCCCCCCCAUUCGUAGAGGUGCUGAAACGCAUUGUAGCUCAUUCAGCCGAGGCCAGUUUAAGCUGCUUGGCUGUUGACUGACGGUAAUGGAAGUACAUGAAGUAGUUUUAAUCAAAUAGCACUGUACAUGGAUACCUGCAGUGUUUUUUUAGAUGUAGCUGUGCCAUUAUUAUUUUUUUUGUUGCAGAUUUUAUUUGAAACGCUGAAAAAUCAGACUUGGCACCCUGUGUGUACCUCCGGCUGGUUUCCAACAGUGUUCAACCCAAAGAUCUUGUCUUGGAACCAGGCUUCUAGCAUCUCCUCGGAAGAGUGCCUCACUAUUUCACCUUGCACGUUUCCUUUAAUUGUCAGUACUGUUUUUUUCUGUCCCGCAUCAUGUGAUCUACACCCAACCAAUCGGAUUACUGUGUGCCCUUGCCCUAAUGUUGCCAGAUCCAUAAUGCUGAAACAAAUGUCUUACAGUCCUCAGAACUGCUUUUAUGUAAAGUUCAGGGGGAAAUGUUGGCUUACACCACCACAUUGUAACAAUGCUGCAGUGUAUGGUGCUUUGUAAUGUGGGAGUGCUGUACUUUUUUUAUGCUUAACUUUCAAGUGAUCCCAGUGAGGAUCGGUGGUUGUCAAUGCUAUGGUCACAUGUUUAUGUGUAAGUGAGAGAUUGUGGAAGAUCCGCUUCCACUUGCUUCACCGUGAUUGGCUGAGCCCAUUCACUUGAUUGGAUUGUCAUUAAAAUGAGAUUUGUCCACCUGGGACAUCUGUA